CAAGCUUCUGCCCCCUCUGUCUUUGCUCCUUAUACUCCACCUUUGACGACUGGAUCUGGAUUUGUCUCUUCCCUCCUUACUUGUGGAUUUCCAUUCCGUUCGGGCCUUCACUCACUAACUUUUCCCAGCCUGUGGCCUGGCGAUGGCGGAGGGCGUGCGUCCUGAGGAUUACUGCGAUGAGCCGGUGGAGGAUGAGUUCGGAGAGAUCAUCAAAUGUCGGUCUGAUGAAAGAGAAGACGUUCAGAAGAAGACUUUCACAAAAUGGGUGAACCUACAGUUGGCUAAGACAGGGAAACCACCUGUGGAGGAUCUGUUCUCAGAUCUGUGUGAUGGACGACGCCUUCUGGAGCUGCUGGAGGGGCUCAUAGGGCAUGAGCUAGUGAGACUGGAGAAAGGGACCACCCGUGUUCACUCACUUAACAAUGUCAACCGGGCUCUGCAGAUCUUGCAGAAGAACAAUGUUGAUUUGGUGAAUAUCGGAGCGGCAGACAUUGUGGAUGGCAAUCACAAACUGAUUCUCGGGCUCAUCUGGAGCAUUAUUCUCCACUGGCAGGUAAAGGAUGUGAUGAAGGAUGUGAUGGCGGGCCUACAGCAGACCAACAGUGAGAAGAUUCUGCUGAGUUGGGUUCGUCAGAACACACGGCAAUAUCCUCAGGUGAAUGUGGUUAACUUCUCCAGUAGUUGGAAUGAUGGAUUGGCCUUCAACGCCCUCAUCCACAGCCACAGGCCGGAGCUGUUUGAUUGGAGCGCGGUGGAGAAGAAGACGUCUGCGAUCGACAGACUGGAACACGCCUUUAGCAAGGCAGAACAGCACAUGGGCAUAGAGAGACUGCUGGACCCCGAAGAUGUGGCGGUCUCGCAUCCUGACAAGAAGAGCAUCAUCAUGUACGUGACUUCACUCUUCCGGGUGCUCCCCCAAAGCAUUUCCAUGGAAGCCAUCCAGGAAGUAGAAUCGCUGCCAUCGGCGACCACGGCCGGUAUCUCCCGGGUAACGACGGAAGAGCACUACCAGAUCCAGACCCAGCAACGCUUCUCUCAGCAGAUCACCUUGAGUGUGGCUCAGGGGCGUGUGAGAAGCCCCUCCCCACAGCCUCGCUAUAAAAGCUAUGCCUACACCCAGGCUGCGUAUGUCAAGUCGCCAGAGCAAAAGAGGAGACGUUUUACCGAGCAGUUUCUGACCCCCAGCCAGGAGGAGCUGCAGCGAGGCCUCAGUCCUCUGCCUCCUGGAUCCACCAGCCUGGAGAGCUACCAGGCUUCACUGGAGGAGGUGUUGACGUGGCUGCUGUCGGCAGAGGACAGCCUCCAUGCUCAGCCUGUCAUCUCCAGCCAUGUGGAGGAGGUGAAGGAGCAGUUCCACACGCAUGAGGGGUACAUGGCGGAGCUAACCACACAUCAGGGCAGCGUGGGCCGCGUCCUGCGUGCCGGUGCUGCGUUGCUGUCAGAGGGCAACCUCAGUGAGGAGGAGGACUCUGAGGUCAGGGAGCAGAUGAACCUCCUGAACUCUCGGUGGGAGCACCUGAGAGUGGCAAGCAUGGAGAGACAGAGCAGACUUCAUGAAGUCCUGAUGGACCUGCAGAAUAAGCAGCUUCAGCAGCUCACAGACUGGUUGGACGUCACAGAGGCACGCAUCAAGAAGAUUGGCUCUCAGCCACUGGGGCCUGACCUUGAGGAUAUCAAGCACCAAGUAGAGGAGCACAAGCUCCUUCAGGAGGACUUGGAACUCGAGCAAGUGAGGGUAAAUUCUCUGACCCACAUGGUGGUGGUUGUCGAUGAGAACACCGGAGACAGUGCAACUGCCGCCCUGGAGAGCAAACUUCAGGUUCUGGGUGACCGCUGGGCAGCUAUUUGCAGAUGGACAGAAGAGCGCUGGAUUCUGCUCCAGGAGAUUCUGUUAAAAUGGCAGCACUUCACUAACGAACAGUGUUUGUUUGACUCCUGGCUGACGCAAAAGGAAGAGCUGGUUCGCUCCAUUAAGACCUCCAACCUGAAAGACCAGGCAGAGAUGGCAGCCUGUUUGCGUCGCCUUUCUAUGCUGAAAGCAGAACUGGAGGCGAAGCAUCCCACCAUGGAUAAGCUGUGCUCCAUGAGCCAGGAUCUGUUGUUCAGCGUCAAGAACAAGGAAGUAGCCUCCAAACUAGAGGCCAGAUUGGACAGCUUUGCUCAGCGUUGGGAUCGUCUGGUCCAGAGUCUGGACUUGAACAUCUCCCAUGUUUCCUCGGCUGUAAGCACAACCAAGCAGUCCGAGGUGACCCACUCUGUCUCGGCGACCGUUACCAAGGUGACCACGAGGGAGAAGGUGUCCGCUUUGCGGCAUACUCGCGAGUCGCCACCGCCUCAGAAGAAGAGACAAGUGGUUGUGGAUUCUGAGCUGAGGAAAAGGUUUGACGUGGACUUCACAGAGGUCCACAGCUACAUGACCCGUGGUGAGGCCAUCCUGCAGAGCCCCGAGUUCUCUGUGUCAAGCAAAGAUGGGAGCAUUCGGGAGCUGCAUGACAAAGUCCAGGCCAUAGACAGAGAGCGGCCAGAGAAGUACAGAAAGCUACAGGAGGCGACGCGCACGGCGCAGACGCUCGUCGAGCAGGAGGGGAGCCGUGCAGAUGACAUCGCACAGGCUGCAGAUCAGCUCAACCAGCGCUGGGCAGGAUUCUGUGUCCUGCUGUCGGACCGUCUGACCUGGCUGGCUUACCAAACAAAGGUGCUGGCCUUCUACAGUUUGUACGAGCAGUGUGAGCAGGCGGUGGACACCAGUGAGAACUGGCUCAAAGUCCAGGCACCUCCAGCGUCGGACCCAGAACCUCUCAAAGUACAACUAGACAGAUGUCGGGAGGAGGUGGCUCGCCUUUCCUCCCUGCAGCCCCAGGUGGAGCUCCUUGAAAAGCGUUUGAAGGAAUUGAAAGAUGAAAAGGAAGGAGAGGAGGACCCUUCUGCCUUUUUGGAUGCUGACAUCUCUGCAUUCAAAGAACACUACCAUAAGGUUUUGGAGGACCUGCGGGCCAGAGAGAGGCUACUACAGCUGGUUUUGGAAAGCCUGCCCCCAGCCCAAUACAAAGAGACCAUAUCCACGCUGUUGGCAUGGUUACAGCAGUGCGAAGCCAAACUUUCCGUCCCAUCAACGGCUGUUACAGAGUAUCCAAUUAUGGAGCAGAGACUCAAGGAUCUACAGGCUCUUCAGGUAUCCCUGGCUGAACACCAGAGGGAGGUGGACUACUUGACAUCAGCCGUGGAGCAGGUCUUCCAGAAAGCUCCAGCAGACAUAAGUCAAAAGUAUCGUAUAGAGAUGGAUGGCAUAAUGGCGCGCUGGAGACGACUUGGCUCCACUCUGGCAGACAGUGUCCAGAGAAUCCAGGAGCUCAUGGCCAAACUGAUGCAGUUUGAGAAUGACGUGAAGACUCUGAAGAAAUGGAUGGCAGAUGUGGAUGUCUUUCUGAAUGAGGAGUGGCCUGCUCUGGGUGACUCUGAAGCUCUGGAAAAACAGUUAGAGCAGUGCACUGCUCUAGUAAACGACAUCCACACCAUCCAACCCAGCGUGAACGGAAUCAACGAAGUGGGUCUAUACCUUAAGAAAGAAGCAGAGCCACCCUAUGCCAUUCACAUCCAAAAGGAACUGGAUCAGCUGAAUGCUCAGUGGGAGAAUGUCUGCAAACAGGCCUAUGCAAAGAAGUCUGCCCUCAAAGGGGGCCUGGACAAGACUAUGGCCUUGAGGAAAGAGAUGCAAGAAAUGCAAGAAUGGAUAAACCAGGCAGAGGAAGACUAUCUGGAGAGAGAUUUCACAUACAAGACGCCAGAAGAGCUUCGCAAGGCUGUCGAGGAACUCAAGAGGGCCCAGGAGGAGGUCCACUCCAAGGAGCAAAAGGUCAAACUCCUGACUGACAGCGUUAACAGUUUUAUAGGCAAAGCCCCGCCCACGGCCCAUGAUGCAUUGCGUUCAGAACUGAGCAUCCUCACAGCCAACUAUCAGAGAUUGUGUAGUCGCCUGGAUGGGAAAUGUAAAACUCUAGAGGAGGUCUGGGCAUGCUGGUGUGAGUUACUGUCCUACUUGGAGCAGGAAAACGCCUUCCUGGAUCAGCUGGAGCAGAAACUGGACGAAACGGAAAACCUACAAGGAGGAGCAGAGAAGCUGCAGGAGGCGCUGGAUAGCCUUGAGGUUCUUUUGCAACACCCAGAAGACAACAGGAACCAGAUCCGAGAACUGGCCCAGACGCUGAUGGACGGAGGGGUUCUGGAUGAACUCAUUCAACAGAAACUGGACGUCUUUAACGCCCGAUGGGAUGAACUCAUGGCCCGGGCGGCGCUCAGGCGGAAGGAGCUGGAGCAAAGUGUGCAGUGGGCCCAGGAGAACGACAAGAUGCUCAGGCAGAUCCAGGAGUCUCUGGCAAACACGGACCGCCACCUCACUGCUUACCUGUCUGACCACAUUGAUGCCCAGCAGAUACCACAGGAGGCUCAGAAAAUCCAGACGGAGUUGAAUGUCCAUGAAACUACUCUGGCAGACAUUAGAAAGAAGAACCAGGAAAAGGACCCUUCGCAGAGGCUCAUGGGACAGAUUGACUUAACCCAGAAAAUGCUGGCGGACGUCUGGACCAAGUUCUGUUUCUUUCAGAAACCGGCCAACUUCGAUUCCCGUCUGGCUGAGUGCGAGCGCGUCCUGGCCGGGGUCAAAGGUCAGGUGGGGUUGCUGGACAUCCGCAGUGUGGAGCAGGAUGUAGUACAGUCCCAACUGGAUCAGUGCAUGAAGCUGUACAAGAUACUGAGUGAAGUAAAGGGAGAGGUGGAGACUGUGAUUAAAACAGGUAGACAGGUGGUCCAGAGACAGCAGACGGAGCAACCUAAGGAACUGGACGACAGAGUGACCGCUCUGAAACUGCUCUACAACCAGCUGGGGUCACAGGUAACAGAGAGUAAAUUGGAGCUGGAGAAGAGUCUGAAGUUAUCCAGAAAGUUGCGUAAGGAGCUCAAUGGGCUGACGGAGUGGCUGGCUGCGACUGACGCUGAGCUAACCAGGCGCUCAGCUGUGGAGGGCAUGCCCGGCGACCUGGAAGCUGAAGUCACCUGGGCACAGUCAGUCCACAGUGACAUCGAGAAGCGUCAACCACAGCUGCAGGCGGUGGUGGAACUCGCAGAAGCCCUAAAGGCUGUGCUAAAAGGCCACGGAGGCCUAGUGGACGACAAAGUCAGUCUGUUGCACUGUAACUGGAUCGCAGUCACAUCCAGAGCAGAGGAAUGGCUCAACCUGCUGCUGGAUUACCAGAACCAGAUGCAGAAGUUAGACGGACAGAUAAAGGAAGUGAAUGAAUGGAUUGACGGAGCAGAGAGAAAGAUGGAUGAGAUAGAUAAUCAGGGGCCCAAUGAUGCCGUGCUAAAGGUGUUGCGUGCAGAGCUGGAGCUGACUAGAGGGAAAAUGGAGGAGGUUAGGGAUUUGGCACAAGAGCUGAUGUCCACCAGAGGAGAGAACUGCCAGGCUCAAGUUAGACCCAGAAUGGAUCAGCUCAACCAGAGAUUUGACAUCAUCUCUCAGAGGAUCACCUCUGGAUUGACGGCAGCAUCGGCAAGGGAGCUUGAACAGUAUCACAGUGAAGUAAGGGUUUGGCUUGAGCUACUGGAGGAGGAGGCCAAACAGGGAGAGAACCUAAAGGAGGAGGACUUCCAGGAAGACAAGAAUUGUGAAGAAGGUGCAGUGCAAGAGUUGCUUUUGAAAGGAGAGAACCUACAAAGGAGAGCCCCUGAUCGAGACAAGCGAGAGCAGAUAAGACUGAAACACAACCAGCUCAACAGCAAAUACAACACCGUAAAGGAUCUGCGUAUCCUGAGGAACAGGAAAGCUCUGGCCAUCGCUCCCCAGUGGUACCAGUACAGAAGGAAAUCCCACGACCUGAUGGCCUGGUUGGAUGACAUCCAGCGCAGCGUCGACCAGCUUCCUGACCCUCCUGAGGGAGAGCGGGUCAAGGAAAUUGGCUCAGAGUUCGACAAGAAGAAGGAGGAGCUUAAGGAGGUGCAGGGCUUAGCCAAUCAGCUCUCAGAGGCUGGAGCCGGCAAUCUAGUGGAGCCCCGGCAACUCCAGCUCAAAACCCGCUGGGUUGAGGUGGAGGGCAAGUUCAUUCCCAUCAAAAGACGAUGUUUUGCUGAUCUUCUGAUCACAGAACAAGAGUACCUGACAGAGCUCCAGGCGCUGCUGCGUUCGGUGUCAGAGACGGACUUCAAGCUGAACUCUCCUGAAUACUGGCCUGCAGCCUAUUAUAACCUGCCCCAGCAAGAGCAAUGCCUGAAGGAUGUGAAGGAGAACAUUGAUAAACUGCACGGACCUGUGGAGAGAGCCCUGGCCCACAGAGAAGAAAUGGUGAUGGCUUCUCGACCUCUGGAGAGCCACAGAGUUCAGGAGACGGCUUCCCUGCUCUGUAAUAACUGGGAAAAACUCAAUAAGCUCUACAAGGACAGACUGAAGCGUUGGAAGGACUGCAGCUCCAAGUGGCAGAAGUUUGUGUCGGAUCACAAGGCCGUGGAUGAGUGGCUGAACAAUGGCGAGAACACGCUGAAACUGUGUGAGAGCGAGCCAGCAGCCCACCGACAGCAACUCAGGGACCUGGUAGAGGAUAUACCUGUCCAGGAAGUGGUGUUGGGCAGAGUGAACUCUACAGGUGAGGAAAUCAGCCAGAUGAGCACACCAGACGAUGCCUUACGCCUCCGAUCGCAGCUGAAGUUACUCAACACUCGCUGGGCCAGCAUCUGUCAGGAACUCCGGGAGCGUAAGAGGAGGUCAUCUGAGGCUCGUACAGCCGCCGCAGAGCUGGAGGAGGAUAUGGGCUCCAUGCUGGGUUGGCUGGAUAAGGCGGAGGGUGUGCUGAGCAUCCCUCUACACCCUGCAGAACCGCAGCACAUCAGAGACACUUUAAACAAAGUCCAGACGCGUGUGGAGGAGCUUCCUGGGAAGAAGGUGACGAUGGAUUAUCUGAAUGCCAAGCAUAAGAUGCUAACCCUUCCUGCUGAGAGGCACAAAGACAUCAGAGGAAUCAACACUCGCUGGGCUCAGGUGUCCAAGGCUCUGCCUGAGCGUCAGCUGGAGAUUGAAGGUCUAUUAAAGGAGCUUCUGAAGGUCCAGGGUGAGCUGGAGGACCUGUCAGCCUGGGCAUCAAGUACCAGAGCCAAGCUGGAGCAAAGUCCUGAGGAACCACCACCCAGACUUAUUGAGGACGUUCAGCUGAAGAAGCCAGAGGUGGAGUUUGUUUUGGAGCGAGCGGAUCGUCUGUACAAGGAGACGCCUGCAGGAUGGCCGGAUAAGGGGAAAUACGGCAAGCUAAGGGAGGACUGGACGGUGAUUCUGGAGCUGCUGCAGAAGCAUAAGGAAAGGACGGCUGCUCUGCUCGUCUCCAAAAAAGCCUAUGAAGCCCAUGCGGGAAGCUCCCAGGCCGAAUCAGCUGCGCUGCAGCAGUUCAACAAAUCCUGGGCUGAGCUCACAGAUUGGCUGAAGAUGCUGGAUAACAUGGUUCAAAACAAGCGAGUGGUGGUGGCUGACCUGGACGACAUCAACGACAAUAUAAGCCAACUGAAGGCAUCUCUGCAGGAGCUCGACAAACGUCACCCUCUACUGGAGAAACAAGUUACAGCAGCACAAAAUCUGAAGAACAAGACCAGCAACCAGGACACACGCAACGCUAUCACCGAACGCAUUGAAAAGCUCCAGACCCACUGGGAGGACUCUCAGACCAAACUGUCAGACAGACUCAAGCAAAUCCUCAACAUGCUGCAGGACUCCACAAACUGGCUUGACGCAAAGAAGGAGGCGGACUAUCUGAUCAAACAGGCUAGCGGGAGGCUGGAAUCAUGGCAGGAGAUCACGUACACGGCGGACGCGCUGAAGAAACAACACGCAGAUCUGAGGGCUUUCAUGAAGGACCUGAAGCAGUGGCAGGGUCAGGUGGAUGAAACGAACGCGCUGGCCGACAAACUGCUGACGCUGUACGCCAACGACGACACGCACAAGGUCACCCAAGUCAACGACAGCAUGAUGGCCACGUGGACGCACAUUAACAAACGAGUUUCAGACCGAGAAGCAGCCGUGGAAGCUGGUCUAAAGCUGCUCCAACAGUUCUACCUGGAUCUGGAGAAGUUCCUCAGCUGGCUGACGGAGGCGGAGACCACCUGCAAUGUUUUAAUAGAUGCCACUAACAAGGAGAGGCUGCAGCAGCAGCCUGAGGCUGCCAAGAGGCUGCUGGCUCAGUGGAAGGACCUCCAAGCAGAGGUUGACGGUCAUGAGGAGCUGUAUUACUCCCUGAAUGAAAACGGCGAGAGGAUUCUGACCUCUCUGACGGACUCCGAGGACGGCGUCCUCCUCCACAGACGUCUGGACAACAUGAGGCACCGCUGGAACGACCUGCGCAGCAAAACUCUCAGCAUGAGGUCACAGCUGGACUCUGAGAUGGCUCCUUGGAAGAGGCUCCACAUGUCACUGCAGGAGCUGCUCAACUGGCUGAGGCUCAAAAGUCAACAGCUGGAGCAGGAGAAGCCUGUAGGGGGCGACGUCCCCACCGUGCAGACCCAGCUGGAUACCCACAGAGGGUUCAGAAUGGAGCUGAGGGCCAAGGAUCCAGUGGUGACCAAGGCUGUGGAUGAUGUGGGACUCUUCCUCUCUGAACUGCCUAGAGAGACUCCAUCACCUGAACUGAGAGAUAUCAGCCCAGAGGAGCGCGCUCAGAACGUGGGGCGGGUGUUGCGCAAAGAAGCGGAUGACGUGUUGAGCAAGUGGGACCGACUGAACGCCGACUCUGCGGACUGGCAGAGGAGGCUGGAGUUGGCCUUGAAAAGACUGGCGGAGCUGCAGGAAGCGGAAAAUCAGCUGGAUACACAGCUGAGGCAGGCAGAGAUGGUGAAGGAGGCCUGGGAACCUGUAGGAGAACUGCUGAUUGACUCCUUACCCGAACACAUCGACAGAGUCAAGGAGUUCCAGGAAGAGUUAAAUCUGAUAAAGGAGGAUGUCACACAUAUGAACCAGUUGGCGGCCGCGUUCGAUCCAUCUGACAUCCAGCUGUCAACUAGCAACCUGGAACGCAUCGAAGACCUCAACAUGCGCUGGAAAAGGCUACAGGUUACCGUGGAUACGGGCAAAAGCAACUCUGGCAGAAAUGGACUGGAUGAGGUGGACACAAAGAUUUCUGUCGAAAAACAUCUGGAGCAGCUGACAGAUGCUCAGAGGGACUUGGGAAACUCUUCAGGAUCAGUAGAAAGCCCCUUCGAGCAAGGCAUCUCUCCAAACAAUGUGCCCUAUUAUAUCAACCACCAGACCCAGACAACAUGCUGGGACCACCCCAAGAUGACGGAGCUCUACCAGUCGCUGGCCGACCUGAACAACGUCCGGUUCUCAGCCUACCGCACCGCCAUGAAGCUCAGACGUCUGCAGAAAGCCCUCUGCUUGGACCUGCUGAGCAUGCAGACGGCCUGUGAGGUGUUCGAGCAACACAACCUGAAGCAGAACGAGCAGCUGCUGGACAUUUCCCAACUGAUGGCCUGUCUGACCAGCCUGUACCAGCAGCUGGAGCAGAGCCACUCUCACCUGGUCAACGUCCAGCUCAGCGUGGACAUGUGCCUCAACUGGCUGCUCAACGUCUACGACACCGGGCGAACCGGAAAGAUCCGGACUCUGUCAUUCAAAACUGGGAUCAUCUCACUUUGCAAAGCCCACCUGGAGGAUAAAUACAGAUUCUUGUUCCGACAGGUCGCCAGCGCCACAGGUUUCUGUGACCAGCGCCGUCUGGGCCUUCUCCUCCAUGAUUCCAUCCAGAUCCCUCGGCAGCUCGGCGAGGUGGCGUCCUUCGGCGGCUCCAACAUCGAGCCCUCCGUCCGCAGCUGCUUCCAGUUUGCCAAUAACAAACCUGAGCUGGAAGCCUCCAUGUUCCUGGACUGGAUGCGCCUGGAGCCUCAGUCUAUGGUGUGGCUCCCCGUCCUACAUCGGGUGGCGGCUGCUGAAACCGCCAAGCAUCAGGCCAAGUGCAACAUCUGCAAGGAGUGCCCCAUCAUUGGCUUCAGAUAUCGAAGCCUGAAACAUUUCAACUACGACAUUUGCCAAAGCUGCUUCUUCUCCGGCCGCGUCGCCAAGGGACAUAAGAUGCAAUACCCCAUGGUUGAAUACUGCACGCCGACCACUUCAGGGGAGGAUGUCCGGGAUUUCGCCAAGGUGCUGAAGAACAAAUUCAGGACCAAGCGCUACUUUGCCAAACACCCGCGCAUGGGCUACCUGCCCGUCCAGACCAUCCUGGAGGGGGACAACAUGGAAACUCCUGUCACGCUGAUCAACUUCUGGCCUGUAGACCAUGCACAUGGAUCGUCCCCUCAACUCUCCCAUGAUGACACCCAUUCUCGUAUCGAGCACUACGCCAACCGGUUAGCUGAAAUGGAGAACCGUAAUGGCUCUUAUCUGAAUGACAGUAUCUCACCCAAUGAGAGCAUCGAUGACGAGCACAUGUUGAUCCAGCACUACUGCCAGUCUCUGAACCAAGGCUCUCCUCUCAGUCAGCCCCGCAGCCCCGCCCAGAUCCUCAUCUCUAUGGAAACGGAGGAGAAGGGAGAGCUGGAGAGGGUCCUCGGUGACCUGGAGCAGGAGAACAGGAAGCUACAAGCCGAGUACGACCGAUUGAAAAAGGCCCACGACAGGAAAGGUCUGUCCCCGCUGCCUUCGCCGCCUGAGAUGCUGCCCGUGUCACCGCAGAGCGCCCGAGACGCCGAGCUCAUCGCAGAGGCCAAGCUGCUGCGGCAGCACAAGGGGCGCUUGGAGGCGCGCAUGCAGAUCCUGGAGGACCACAACAAACAGCUGGAGUCCCAGCUGCACAGGCUGAGGCAGCUUCUGGAGCAGACGGAUUCCAAGGUGAACGGCACGGCGCUGUCCUCUCCCUCCACCUCCUCUCAGCGCUCCGACUCAUCUCUGCCUCUGCUCCGCGUGGCUGCCAGCCAGACUACUGACACUAUGGGCGAUGAUGAGUUUUCCAGCCCUUCCCAAGAUGCACCUGGCCUGGAGGAAGUGAUGGAGCAGCUCAACAACACUUUUCCUCACAGCCAAGGCGGUAGAAGGGGACAUCCAUGAGAGCAGGUACCAGCAUCGGCAGCUUGUUCCACAUGGCGGACGACCUGGGCCGCGCCAUGGAGUCGCUCGUCAGCGCCAUGACCGACGAGCGGAGCGUGGAACUGGAGCCGGCCCGACCUUUUUGACCCCCUCCAUCCAUCUCAUCGCAUGCUUUUUCUAGUCAAAACUGGAUUGAAAACUGUUUACACAGAGAAUAUAAUGUCUAUUUUUGUGAAGGAUUGCAGUUAAAGCAACAAGUACAAAAUAAAUACAAAAAAAAAAACUCUUAAGAUUUGAGUAGUUUCUUAAAAACAAUCUGUUUUAUUGUUAAAAGAGGCUGGUUUUUAAACUUCUAUGCAAUUGUAUAAAACUAGAGUCGGGGGGGGGAUUUAAAGGAAAAAGAUGAGACCUACAGCAACGCGUCUUCAGUGUCCUCGUAUAUUUGCUAUCUCUUUCUAACCGGGGAAACAAGCUGAAGCUUUGUAACCAUGAGGGGUUUUCUAAGAGGCUGAUUUAUUUGCUUGUGUGAGAGAGUGAGUUUCUGUAUGUUGUGCCUAAAAUGUCAUCACUUUUUUUUUUAUUAAUUAGAGGGAUUCUACCGUUUAAAAGUGGUUUUAGAUAAAUACCUUAAGCAGGAUCCUAAUUAAACAGCUGUGGAUGCAUUUAAAAUGCACUAGAGGGCGCUGACAAAGGAAAAAAAGUUGACAGAUUUUACUAUUACGACAAUUUGUAAAUUGCACAGAUUUGUUCCAAGCCCCGCCCCCUGCUGGAUGUCACAUCAUCCAGCUCAAUUUGAUUGGACGGAGAGCCUCUGAAUCAAAUUAGGUUCCUGUUUCCUUCAACAUUAAAAAUAGUCCCCAAGCAUAAUGCUGCCACCUCCAUGUUUUACUAUAGGUGACAUUUUACUCUCUCCUUUUAAAUGAAUGUCAGAUUAGAGGCUUGUCGCCUACCGGAGGUUUGGACGUCUGCAGAGCUCCUCUCGUCUCCUGGUCGGGUUGAUUUGUCAGUUCAGGGCUCAAAAACAGUCUGAAAAGAAAAGUAUAGUGAAAAUCUUCAUUUUUCUCCCCCCUAAUAUGUUUUAUUAUUUUCCUCUUAUGUUUUAGAAGCAAAGUGCAAAACAGGUUAUAAAGAGUUAAUUUGUUUUCUCUAUUAGAUAAAGCAGCAGAAUAAAUCUGCUUACCCGUCUUCCCCCGUAAAGAAACGGUUCACUUUAUUAGCUCGGCCGCAUUAGAAAGUUGCUGGGUUUUUAUUUCAGGACUCUGAAGAACAGGAGCUCUACCUCCUGAUCUCUGGAAAUGCAGUAAUAAUUUCAGCUCCAGUAUUAAUAAUAAAUAAACUAUUUACACUGAUGGGACGUCCUGCUCCAUUAACUACUGUCCAACCUCAUACCUAAUCUGUUUGGUUUAUUUUUUUCCUGUGUGAGAGUUGAAUGUUUUGGUGUUCUGUUUUCCUCUCCGGUGUGAGGUGCUCUGAUAUUAAUGUGUGACUAAAGGAAAAUCUUAAUUUAAUUAAGACGUAUGGAUCGCUGUCAUGUUCCUGCAGCAUGACCCAAUGAGUUUUUAAACUUUCCACCCAAACAGAAUCAGAUCUGUUUGUUCAAUUUCGAAGAACAUGUCAGUUUUCAGCUAAUUUUAUUUUAUUUUUUUUCCAAAUAACAUGUCAGUUUCCAUCAAAUGUAUGCCUUACUACUGUAUUAUAAAUGCUUUACUGUAUACCAAUAAAGCAUGCCGUUAUGUUGACAGUC